AACAAGUCCCUCAUUUCUAUUUGGAUGUUGAAAGAAGAAGGAUCUCCGUGGCACUUAUCGAUAAAUCAGCGUAAAGAGUUUACCACACGCACCAGAUAACAACAACCUCUCCUCCGACGGCACACCCACCACUGACACCCGAGAGGUCGCCCCAUCAACCUCCCCCUCUAUUCUCGGAGCAAUAAUAAGUGGCAACCGCCUUGCUAAAUUGUAGAUCCCAAUUUGGAGAAGUUGCUCCUUGUCGCCGCUGCCUUAUUCCUCACGGCUUGUUUAAUGGUUGACUAAUUUGUGGGGUUUAUUUGCCUCCAUUGUUUGCCUUGUUUGUAUACAUUCUAUACAAUAAAUGGUUUGACCGACAGCAGAAAGAACAGAUUCUUGUUGCGGUGUUUCCCAGAUGUAUUAUGUAGAAAUUGAAUAUGCCCAGUCCAUCACCCUCAGUUCCUCAGCCGACAGGGAACAUAUUGGUCAAUGGUGCGAGUUCAUCUGGGAGCAAACUACCUGUCACGACCACUUCUGGUGGGUUCAUAACUAACGGAAUUCGGACGAUAAUACCAUCAUCGGCUGGAACACAUAGUUUACAAAAUGGAAUAACUCGUAUUGUGACACCACAAGGUGUACAGUUUCCAAUAGGUAGCAUACCUCAGUCAAAUGUGUUGCAAAAUGUCGUCAGAACUGGACUAAGUGGCAUCAAUAACAUACUAAGCACUGGGGGUGUUACUCCAGGCAUUAGACAGGCCACUCUGGGCACUUUAAUUAGUGGAGUAGGCGCCAACAGUGUCGCCGCCGGGAGCAGUGGUGCUAAUAUUAUUAGCUCCCUGCCACCAGGAGCAGGGCCAGCUAUGACCGUUAAUAACAGUGGUGGUGGAGCUACUCCUGGUCAAGCUGGUCAAAAUCAAACUGUUGUGCUCUCCAAAGGGACUGGUGUUACGACGAUGACUUCCACUGGGACAAUUGGAUUAAGUCAAAAUCCAUCUGGAGGAGCUUCGGCCAACAACAACAACGUUACUAAUAAUCAAGGUCAACCCAUCACGCUUGGCCCUGGAGGAGCAGGAGGGCUGCAGAUUUUGAAUAUGAACAAUUUAAAUGCUGCAAGAGCAGUCAAUGUUGGUGCUGUGAAUUCUGGAGGAACGACAACUCAUCAGAUUGUUGCUGCUGGUCCAGCGGGGUCUAAGAAUCUGGCUCCAAGAAUGAUCAUUAGUCCUCAAGUAUUGAAUACAAGACCUGGUCAACCUGGGGUUGACGAGUAUCAAUCUGAGUUCUCUGAGUUUCUCGUGCCAAAUUGUAAGAGUCUUAGUCCUCCUAAUGCAAACAACGGUGGUAUCAUUGUGGAAGAAGGCGAAGAUGAAAGUUUGAGUACUAACUGUAAUGUAAUUAUCGACACGGUCAACGGCAAUUCGCCAACAAGGAUUAUUGACUAUACUGACCAGUCAGGCCAAGAUCUGGGUUCGCCCACGACGAUCAGAUCUCCUCAAUCUCAAUCUCCGUCCUCCAAAGAACCCUUUUCCCAACCCUCCACUCACGACGUCCCUCCUUGCCUCAAUGUUGCUCCCCACUCCCCAAGGCCUGUAGUUAUUCAGAGUAGUAAUAACAACAAUGAUGCUGACGAAUGUGGAGCUUUAGAAGAUCAACAAAAUCAUGACGUGACUAUUGUGGAGGUGGUCUUAGCCCACGAAAAACAGAAUAUAAGUUGUAAUAGUAGAAAUAGUAAUAGUACUAAUACCAAGUACCUAACCGAAAAAGUAUCUAAUAUCGCAGUAGUAGACAAAAUGAACGCUAGUAAUGAUAAGGACGAUAUUGCCUUUGAGACAAGUAGUGAUAAUGGUGAUCCCGAAAGUCACGGGGAUAUUAUUUAUGCACGUGGUGAAGGUAGUCAGGAAGAUUCAGAGGAUGUCAAGGUUUUAAAUUUGGAAGGUUCGCCGUCUAAAGUGCAAUCUAAGGGUGAAGAAGGUGACGAAUCAAAUACAAGUUUCACUGCGGAAACAAAACACCAUGAAGAAAAUGAGACAAGUGGAGUUGGUAGUGUUGAAGGAGGAGAUAAUGAUAAUGCGAAUUCAAACUUUCAUGAUGAUGAGUGCCCAAUCCAGCAACGGUAUGAAAAUCCGUCGGAUAACUUUUCAGACUUACUUUUUACAGCUCCUCAAAGCUCACCCACCAAACCAAUCAACAGAAAUGACGAAUUCUAUCCUAAUUCAAGCGAUGGCGAUUCAAGUACCACAAGUAUAAUUGUACACGAUACGCCCUCAUUAGCACCACAUAGCUCAUCAAUUUCUAAUACCAAUACGGACAAGGACGGCGUGCCAAAGAAAGAAUGUUUCUAUGCUAUUGGCAUUCCUCGCCGGUCAUCUUCGUCCUCAGUUAGUUCAGGUCGUGAUAGCAGUCCAUCCCAUUCCAUCAAUAAUAUUGCAUCCAGUGACAGAGCUGCAAAAGUUUCUCCAAUCUGUCAUCAACAAGAAGGUGCUUUUGUACAGCCGCAACAACAUUCUUCAGGCGGGCUAUCCCGGCAAACAUCUCAAGAAAUGCAGUUUGGCGAAAUUGGAACUCAUUAUAAUGUAGAUAGAAAUGAUCCAACGGCACCGGGUGGAAUUUUCACUACAGAUCCAACCUUGCAAUCACAGUUUUUACAUUACUCCCAAAUCAAUCCUGUCACUGCCAGUGUCCUCGCUCCCGCCCCCGUCGGAACUUUCCGUUCAGAGGAUAAUAAUAGUAAUAAUUCCUACGCCGUUCACACUCCUGUGAUAAGAUCUAAUCAAGUUGCUCCUUCUACACCCCCUUCUUCAAUUAAGAAUUAUAAUUCACAAAGUUCUCCUAAAGUGGUGGAUACCUACACCGGCAGAAAUAAUCCAGUCCAACAACACAGUGCAUACGAACAAGAUUAUCAAGGGGGACUAACUGCUCCUUCUGCUCGAAGAUUGUUGUGGUCGUCAUCAUCAUCGUCUCAAGGCAAUCUCGGAACUUUAAAUUCAUCCAACUCUGGUGGACAAUUGCCUCUUUCAUCUUGUGAAUAUGCACUCAAUUCAUAUGACGCUCAAAGCCAAAUUAAUACAUCACCAUCAACAAGGAUGCCUCAUCAUCAAGAGUACAAUACAUAUGUUAGUAGAUCUCACCAAUCAAUUCCGCCUGUACCAGAUCUUUCUGGUUCAUUUGCUCAACAACAAUGUCAUGUAAUGGGUAGGUCGUCCCAUAACACAACUGCUCCAUGCCAGUCACAAGUGCCUCCAAAUCGAUGGAUGUCGAUAACGUCUGGCGACGAAGGUGCUAGUCACAUCACAACUUCAAACACACUUGGAAGUCCCUCCUCUAGUAGUGGAACACAGAGAAGAACAAAUAUUACUGAACCUACUCCAUUUUAUAAUCCGUCUCAUCAUCAUCAUAGUCAACCAACUGCUCAUAUACCUAGACCACCAUAUUAUGGGACCCAGUCAUUAGCACAACGCCCGCCCCCUGGUCAUCAUCAUAAUAUGCCAAUGAACGUGGUCCGAAAUUCCGUCCCUACAAAUGUACAAAUUUCGCAGCCUCCUCGACGUCGUAUGCCAUCGGAUUGUGUUUAUAUUGAUAAUAAUCAAAAGCCUUCAUCAUCAUCGGUGCCUACUCAUUCUAGUCUACCUCCUAAUAUGACCAGUCCGUAUAAUAAUAAUCCCUCGGCGGCCGGAUCUGUAGUAGUAGAUCAUUCACAGAUGCCUCACAAUACGGACGGGUUUUGGCCAGUUGGUAAUCAUCCUCAACAACACCAACAACAACCACAGCAAACUGUCUUACCAAAUCCUAGUUAUCGAAACCAGCCAAGUAGUAUGCAAAAUGUACAACAGUAUUAUCCUCCAAGCCACCAGCAACAGUCAAGCAAACAAUCUAGUGGUGCUAAUUAUGUAUCUAAUAUGCCAAAUCAAAGUGGUGCAUCGUCAUCAUAUUCUCAUCCUAUUGUAUGUAGAGUUCCUCCGAUAAGGUACAACAGGUAUCCAGGACAGGCGACGGAAAAUUAUCCCUCGCAACAACAUGGUCUACCACCUCAGAUGCGUUACAGUGCAGGUAGUGGAGGAAGUAGUAAUAUUAGCCAGCAGGGUGCUAGUAAUCGAGGUAGUAGCAGUGGUAGUAAUAGUUUUAUGAGAGGUACUGUAGCUAACAGUUCAAUGGUAACUCCUCGGCCUCCUUACAAUAUGGGUUAUCCUCCUCGUUCUUCUCCUUACUAUCCUCACUCAUUGCCCCCUAAUAAUUCUGGUCAGUCAUUUAAGCCGCAAUAUUAUGAGGGGGGUGGCGGCGGCGGCGGCGGCGAAAGCUUCCAAGGGGGGUACAGCUCAAACUUCUCCAGUUGUCAGCAUGAUGAAUUGAGGAGAUUAAGGCCGAGCGUUGUGGGGAUGGCUUCAAUGUCUAUGCCGCCGCAGCAGAUGUACUCACCUCAAGUUCCACAAGCCUAUUCUCCCACCUUCGUCUCCGCCUCCAACACUGCUAAUACUGUUAGUACGAUGACGGCGGAAACGGCUAAGGUUAAAUGCAAAAAUUUCCUUUCGUUUCUCUUGGAAUUGUCCGCAAAGCAAAAUCAACAGGUUUCGAGGAACGUCAAAGCUCUUAUCCAAGGACUUGUAGAUGGGAAAGUAAAUGAAGAAAAUUUUUCUGAUCGCUUACAAAAAGAAGUAAACUCGCAACCGCAACCGUGCCUAGUUGGAUUCUUAAAGAAAAGUUUACCGCAUUUACGACAUUCAUUAGCUACAAAUGAACUAAAAAUUGACGGAAUUAAACCCCCGCCCCUGUCUUCAGUAGUUUCCCCCGCGCCUGUAACUGCCUUAAUUCCACAACAUGCACAAAUUAGAACACCCACAAAUCACUCCCCUCCAGUUCGAAUUAUAACUCCAAUCAAUCCUAAUAGUACAGCCACCCCACCAUAUGCUGCUCCUGUGAUGCCUUCAAUUGGGACAAAUUCAUCAUUAUCCUUUCCUACUACUAGAACUACUCCUGCGCCACCUUCCACCCAGUCAAAAAUGCCGUCGACGGGAAAAACUGCAAAGGGCAAAUCUAGCUCAUCCGCAAGUUCUAGUUCGAGUACCACUUCGUCCCCAAAUAGUACAUCAGGGCCAUCUAAACCAAUUGCAUCUAAAUCAAGUGCCAAAGACAAAGAUAAAAAAUCCUUCGGGUCCUCCGCUUACAGUGGCGACGAUGAUAUCAACGACGUUGCUGCCAUGGGUGGAGUCAAUCUAGCAGAAGAAUCCCAAAAAAUUCUUGGGUCCACAGAGUUUGUUGGCACUCAAAUCCGUUCAGUCCGGGACGAAACAUUUUUACAUUCAAUACCCCUUCAAGCAAGAUUAAAAGCAAUAGCCGCUAAACAUGGGUUAGCAGAACCUCCACCGGAAGUUGCAGCUAUAAUUUCGCAUGCAACUGAGGAACGACUUAAGAAUUUAAUUGAAAAAUUAGCUGUAAUAGCAGAACACCGACUUGAUGUGAUAAAGAUGGAUGAUCGGUAUGAAGUAACUCAAGACGUAAAAGGUCAACUCCGUUUUCUUGAAGAAUUGGAGAAAUUAGAAAGAAAAAGACACGAUGAGCAAGAACGAGAAAUGCUGAUACGAGCUGCAAAAAGUCGAUCAAAGUCUGAAGAUCCUGAGCAAGCCAAGCUAAAAGCUAAAGCCAAAGAGAUGCAACGAGUAGCAAUGGAAGAAAUGCGACAAAGAGAAGCAAAUCAAACUGCCUUAGAAGCUAUUGGACCUAGAAAAAAGCCCAAACUUGAUUCACAAUCAGGAUCUCAAAGUACAAUAUCACAGAGUCCACUGGGUGGAGUCAGUGCGUCUGGUAACAGGGGGCCACAAAUGGGGAUGCGUCCGAGGCUUAAACGAGUCAAUACUAGAGAUUUACUCUUUUUGUUGGAACAAGAAAAGGAAACGUCAAGAAGUCACUUUUUGUACAAGAAUUUACUUAAAUAAUUGUUUAGUUAUGAUAAUUACAUAUAGUAAUAAUAAGAAUAAUGCAGAUACAUUGCGCAGUCCUAUAGAUAAGAGAAACGAUGUUAAGAAGGUAGGUUGUGGACAAAUGAAUGUCGUAACUCAUAAUUAUCCCAAUACUGGCAUUUUUACAACAUAUUGACGGUGAUCUAAUAUUAGGACAAGUUAGUAUAGAAUAAUAAUCAGCCUUUCUAUCGUGUAGGGUAAAUAUGAUAAGAAUUAUUACGUACUCACUUAUGUUAUCUUACUUAUUCUAAAUAUACACAGUUUUUAUUACAAAUAUAUGUGUGUAACUGGUUCAUUCAUGUAUUGGCUGGCUUUCGGAUGCACAAUACGUUCCAAUUAUAUAGCUAUUACUUGAAGUAUUGAAUAAUAUAUAGAGCUAACGAAACGCUGUCUCUUUUGUGUUAAACUAUAAGCUUUACGAUGUAAGUGCUGCAAUCAAGGUGGUUUGUUAUUGUGGGAAUUUAGGUUAAUACUAAUAUGUACUUAAUCUAUAUGAGAAUAUAAUUUUUAUACACGUAAACGACAACUAUUUGAAAAAAUUCCGAGUUUCUCUAAACCUUGUUUUUAUUUUUAUGUGCGUCAUUAUACAUUUCAAAGGACUGAAAAAUUACUAUAUAUUAGUACUGUUGUCAAUCUCAUCUUUCCAGAAAUCAACUAUGCAGUAAAAAGUGAUGAUCUUCUAUAUUGACCAAUUUAA